AUGUAUUUGACAGCUGGAGCAGGUGGCAAGUAUGGGCAUCUGGAGCAGGUGGCAAGUAUGGGCUGCUGGAGUUGUUGGGAGCAGCUAAGAGAGAUUCACCACAAAGAGAGAAGAGAGCUUGGAGCUGUCAUGGGAAUUCCUUGCUGCCAUCAUCUAGUUCUUCUCCUCUCUUUAUCCUAUCUAUUUUAUAAUGUUGAAGGAGGUGGUGCGCUUGUUGUCCAACCUCGAAAACCCCUGCGUGAGUUUUCCAUUCCCAAAGUCACCGAUCAACCUUCGUGCAUCGUCUAUCCUCAACUCACAGUUGAUAGGUUUGAGCUUAAAAGUGGUAUGAUUCAUCUUCUUCCAACUUAUUAUGGUAAUACCACUGAGGAUCCUUACAUGUAUAUUAAGCAAUUCUUUGAAAUAUGUGCUACGAUCAAAAUUCAUGGCCUUGAUGAUGAGCAGAUUAAGAUGAGGCUAUUCCCAUUCAGUUUAAAAGAUAAGGCUAAGUCUUGGUUAUACUCUUUGCCUAAUGCUUCAAUUCAUACUUGGGAAGAGCUUUCUAAUAAGUUUUUGCAGAAAUUCUUCCCGGCUCAAAAGACUAACAAGAUUAGAAAGGAAAUCCUUGGUUUCACACAAAAGGAAGGAGAAGCUUUUCAUGAAUGUUGGGAGAGGUACAAGGAGAUGAUAAGUUCUUGCCCACACCACAACAUAGAGAGUUGGAUGCAAAUGCAAUCUUUCUAUGAAGGUUUGCUUGAUUCCGAAAGGAUGAUGGUAGAUGCAACAAGUGGAGAAGGACUGAUGAACAAAACAGCAGAUGAGGCUUUUACUCUCUUUGAAUCCUUGAGUGCUAACUCUCAACAAUGGAGCCACAAUAAAGGAAGAGGAGCUCCUAUGAAAGCUGUGGUCUCUGAGGUAAGUACUAAUAAUGAGAUUGCUGCAAAACUUGAUGUUAUGUGUUCUUUGCUUCAACAGGCAGUGACUGGCCCUCUAGGAAACAAAGUAGAAGUUCAAGAUCAAUCUUUUGCAGAGCACAUGCUAGAACAAGCAAAUGCCCUUCAAGCAAGGAAUCCUAAUAAUGAUCCUUACUCAAACACGUACAAUCCGGGGUGGAGAAAUCAUCCUAAUUUCAAGUGGAGCAAUAACCCAAAUGUGCAACAAUCUCAAGGACCUCCCCCAGGAUUUCAAAUACAACAAAGGCAAUUCCAGCAAGCUCCCCAACAAGUGCAAGAGCAAAGGGGUGAUCAAAUGGGAGAAUUGCAAGACAUGUUCAAGAAGUUCAUGGGGCAACAGAUGCAAACCAAUCAGAAUCUUCAAAAUGCAGUGAACAAACUAGAAGUGCAAGUUGGGCAGAUUGCAUCCUCCAUGAGCAAUAGGGCAUCCGGAACAUUUCCAAGCCAAACAGAGGUGAAUCCAAGGCAUCAAGAGCAUGCUAAAGCAGUACACAUCUUGAGAAGUGGUAAACAAGUUGAUAACAAGGUUGGAGAUGUCAACGAAGAGCAAGAAGAUGGAGAAAACGUGGAGAUCAUUCAGCCACCACAUGGGCAGCCCACAGCUUCCACCAAACAGCCCCUCAAUGCUCCUGGAAAGAGCACAGGCCCUAAGGUAUCAUCUAAUGCUAAUCAAGUUCCAAUUUCAACUAAUGCUUUUAGGCCUAUUGCACCCUUUCCCAGCAGGUUAUCAAAGUCAAAGAAAGAUCAAGGCUUGGAUGAGAUAAUGGAAACAUUCAAGAAGGUGCAAAUCAACAUCCCAUUGCUCAAUGCCAUUGCUCAGAUUCCAAAGUAUGCAAAAUUUUUGAAGGAUCUAUGCACUAACAAGAGGAGAUUCAAAGAGCAUGAACAAGUUGCAUUGAGUGAAGAGGUAAGUGCAGUGUUACAAAGAAAGCUACCUCCAAAGCUAAAGGAUCCAGGUUCGUUUUCUAUACCUUGCAUAGUUGGUGAUUUUAAGUUUCAAAAAGCUUUGCUUGAUCUUGGUGCUUCUAUAAACCUUAUGCCAUAUCAUGUUUAUGAGAAACUUAACCUUGGUGAGUUGCAAGCCACAUCUGUGAGCAUUCAAUUGGCAGAUAGAACUAUUAGGUACCCUAAGGGCAUUCUAGAAGAUGUUUUGGUGAAAGUGGAAGAGCUAAUUUUGCCGGCAGAUUUCUUGGUGUUGGAAAUGGAAGAAGCACCAAUUCAUGACAAUCAGUUACCACUCAUUCUAGGUCGGCCAUUCAUGGCAACUGCCGGUGCUAUUAUUGAUGUGAAGAAGGGUACAUUGACCAUGAACGUGUUUGAUGAGACAAUAGCAUUCAAAGUGUUUGAAGCCUCCAAGUUUCCAAGUGAUGAGCAUGAAGUUUUCCAGCUUGAUGCAAUUGAUACUAUGGUGAAAGAAGCACUGCCAAUGAGUUAUUUGGAGCCCAUUGAAGCAUGCAUCACACAAAGCAUAAGGAAAGAAGAAGUGGACAGCUUAGAGGCUGUGAUCUCUCCUUUACUUCUUGAGCUUGUUUGCAGCAUGGAUAGCUACAUAGAAGUUGGAAAGAGGUAUGCAAAUCAAUUUGAAUCAUUACCCCCACCUACUAAUAAGGUUUUACCAUCUAUUGUGCAGGCACCAGAGUUGGAAUUAAAGGAAUUGCCAAAACACCUUAAAUAUGCUUAUUUAGGUGAAAAUGAGACUCUACCUGUUAUCAUUGCCUCACACCUCGAACCAAAUGAUGAGAAGAAGCUUUUGAGAGUUCUAAAAGAGCACAAAACUGCAAUUGGGUGGAGCAUUGCAGAUAUCAAAGGCAUAAGUCCAACACUAUGCAUGCACAAGAUAUUAUUGGAAGACAAUGCAAUGCCUAAGAGGGAUGCCCAAAGACGUCUCAAUCCGAACAUGAAGGAGGUGGUAAGAAAAGAGGUAAUGAAGCUUUUAGAUGUUGGUAUUAUUUACCCUAUUUCUGACAGUAAAUGGGUGAGCCCAGUGCAAGUUGUUCCCAAAAAGUCAGGUAUCACAGUGGUGAAGAAUGAAGCAAAUGAGCUUGUACCUACACGGGUGACCACGGGCUGGAGAGUUUGCAUCGAUUAUAGGAAGCUCAACACAGCAACAAGCAAGGAUCACUUCCCUCUUCCAUUCAUUGAUCAGAUGCUUGAGAGAUUGGCUGGCCAUAGCCACUAUUGCUUCCUUGAUGGAUAUUCAGGCUACAACCAAAUCGCCAUAGCCCCAGAGGAUCAGGAGAAGACAACCUUCACGUGUCCCUUUGGUACUUUCGCUUAUAGGAGGAUGCCUUUUGGUCUCUGUAAUGCCCCAGCCACUUUUCAAAGGUGCAUGAUGAGCAUUUUCUCCGACAUGGUAGAAAGGUUCAUUGAGGUAUUCAUGGAUGACUUCUCUGUCUUUGGUGAUUCUUUUGAUCAAUGCUUGCAUUACUUAUCCAAGGUGUUGGCUAGAUGUGAACAGACUAACCUUGUGCUUAAUUGGGAAAAAUGUCAUUUUAUGGUUAACCAAGGCAUAGUUCUUGGUCAUGUCAUCUCUAGUAAAGGAAUCGAGGUAGAUAAAGCUAAGAUUGAUUUGAUUGCCUCCAUGCCCUCACCUACUUCUGUCAAAGAAGUACGUUCUUUCCUUGGCCAUGCAGGUUUCUAUAGGCGUUUCAUUAAGGAAUUUUCUAAGAUUGCGAGGCCUUUGUGCAAUCUCCUUGCCAAGGACAUGGAUUUUGUCUUUGAUCAAAACUGUGAGAAUGCUUUCAAUGCUUUGAAGAAGAUGCUCACAACUGCCCCAAUCAUUAUACCACCAGAUUGGAGCUUGCCUUUUGAAUUGAUGUGUGACGCCUCUGAUUAUGCCGUUGGAGCUGUUUUGGGACAGCGAGUUGAUAAGAAGCCACAUGCCAUCUACUAUGCUAGUAGAACCCUCAACGAUGCCCAACUCAACUAUUCCACCACAGAGAAGGAGUUAUUAGCUGUCAUAUUUGCUUUAGAAAAGUUCAGAUCAUAUUUGAUUACUAACAAGGUUAUUGUUUACACUGAUCAUGCAGCAUUAAAAUACUUGUUAGCCAAGAAGGAUGCCAAGCCACGACUCAUUAGAUGGAUUCUCUUGUUGCAAGAGUUUGACUUAGAGAUAAAAGAUAAGAAAGGAAGUGAGAAUGUUGUGGCUGAUCAUUUGAGUAGAUUGGUGCAUGUGUCUAACGAAGAGGAGGAUUCAUUGCCAUUGCGUGAAAGCUUCCCUGAUGAGCAACUCUUCUCCAUUUGUGCUUUGAAUUCUCUCAAUCCAUUACCUUGGUUUGCUGAUAUUGUUAACUAUUUGUGCACUAAUGAACUCCCUACAGGGUUAUCUACGUUCCAACGUGACAAGCUUAGGAAGCAAGCAAGAUACUACUUUUGGGAUGAUCCAUAUCUAUUCAAGCAUUGCCCAGACCAAGUAAUUCGAAGGUGUGUGCCUGAAGGUGAUUUUAAGAGCAUUCUGGAGUUUUGUCACUCCCAUGCAUGUGGAGGACAUUUUGGAGCAAAGAAGACUGCCAACAAAGUGCUACAAUCAGGUUUCUUUUGGCCUACCCUUUUUAAGGAUGCGUAUGUUUUUUGUGCUUCAUGUGAUAGAUGCCAACGGAUGGGUAAUUUACAUGCUAGAAAUCAGAUGCCUCUCACCAAUAUCCUAAUCAUUGAAAUAUUUGAUGUUUGGGGAAUUGAUUUCAUGGGCCCUUUUCCUACCUCUUAUGGAUUUGAAUAUAUAUUAGUUGCUGUCGAUUAUGUUUCUAAAUGGGUAGAAGCCAUUGCCACUAGAACUAAUGAUGCUAAGGUUGUGAUCGGUUUUCUCAAAGGAAAUAUUUUUACAAGGUUUGGCACACCUAGAGCAAUCAUUAGUGAUGGUGGCUCCCACUUUGUUAACCAAGCUUUUGCAGCACUCUUGAAGAAAUAUGGAAUCACGCAUAAGGUGGCAACACCCUAUCAUCCCCAAACUAGUGGGCAGGUUGAGAUAAGCAAUAGGGAGAUUAAGCACAUACUUGAAAAGACGGUGAACACCACAAGGAAGGAUUGGUCCAUGCGUUUGGAUGAUGCAUUGUGGGCUUAUAGGACUGCUUAUAAGACACCUAUAGGUAUGUCUCCGUAUAGGCUUGUUUUCGGUAAACCUUGUCACUUACCAGUGGAGCUUGAGCACAGGGCUUAUUGGGCAAUCAAGGCCUUCAAUUUUGAUAUGAAAGCUGCUGGUGAGAAGAGGAGGCUUCAACUCAAUGAGUUGGAGGAGUUGCGACAUGAAGCGUAUGAGAAUGCUAAGCUUUACAAGGAGAAAACAAAGCAAUAUCAUGACAAGAAAAUUCUUAGGAAGACGUUUGAGAAAGGGCAGAAGGUUCUCCUAUUCAAUUCACGCCUUAAGCUCUUUCCAGGUAAGCUUCGUUCUCGGUGGAUUGGCCCUUUUGUUAUUACUAAUGUGUUUGAUCAUGGCGCAGUGGAGAUUCAAAAUAUUAAGGAUGGCAGCACCUUCAAGGUGAACGGACAUCGGUUGAAACCUUACUUUGAUGCCAACUUUGAUGCCAAUAUUGAGUCUCAAGCACUCAAGGAGCCUCUACCACUCUCUUGA